AUGGCCAGACAAGCCGCAAAUUUGAGGGAAAGAAAAAGAAUGCAGUCGAUAAACGAGGCUUUUGAAGGGCUAAGGGCCCACGUUCCGACACUGCCCUACGAGAAGAGAUUGAGCAAGGUGGAUACGCUGAGAUUGGCCAUCGGAUAUAUCAAUUUCUUGGCGGAACUUGUUCGAACAGACAGGAACGCAAACGAGCCAGGUUUGAGCAGUGCCAAUAGGCCGGCUGUUAAGGAAGAACCCAGAAAAAUUGUCCUCAGAGAAAUAAAAGUAACACUUGCAUAUCUUAUAUCCGAUAAGCCACCACCUGAUAACACGCAACAAGCGCACGCGAUAACAAAAACGCAAUUAAAACCAAAACCAAAACCAAAACCUCAACAACAUAAUAAAUAA